GCUCCGCGCUGCCAAUCGCAGACAAAGGCCGCCCCAGUGAAUCAUGUGGUGCCGGGGGAGGAAGUGCGGCUUGUUUUCGUUCCUCCAGUCAUCGGGCUGCGGGCGGAGCGCGAUGCGCAAAGGUUCCCGCGCGGGCGGCGGCGGGGCCCGGGAGCCCCGAUGAGGCCGGAGCGCCCGCGGGCACGCCGCAGCGCCCCCAGCCCGAUGGAGGCCCAGCCGUGGGAGCCGAUCCGCAACGACUCGCUGCUGCCCACGCUGACGCCCGCCGUGCCCCCCUACGUGAAGCUCGGCCUCACCGUGGUCUACACCGUGUUCUACGCGCUGCUGUUCGUGUUCAUCUACGCGCAGCUGUGGCUGGUGCUGCGCUACCGCCACAAGCGGCUCAGCUACCAGAGCGUCUUCCUCUUCCUCUGCCUCUUCUGGGCCUCCCUGCGGACCGUGCUCUUUUCUUUCUACUUCAAAGACUUCGUGGCGGCCAACUCGCUCAGCCCCUUCGUCUUCUGGCUGCUCUAUUGCUUCCCCGUGUGCCUGCAGUUCUUCACCCUCACGCUGAUGAACUUGUACUUCACGCAGGUGAUUUUCAAAGCCAAGUCAAAGUACUCUCCAGAGUUGCUCAAAUACCGGCUGCCCCUCUACCUGGCCUCGCUCGUCAUCAGCCUUGUCUUCCUCCUGGUGAAUCUGACCUGCGCUGUGCUGGUGAAGACAGGAACCUGGGAGAGGAAGGUGAUCGUCUCCGUGCGAGUGGCCAUCAACGACACGCUGUUCGUGCUAUGUGCCGUCUCUCUCUCCAUCUGCCUCUACAAAAUCUCCAAGAUGUCCUUGGCCAACAUUUAUUUGGAGUCCAAGGGCUCCUCCGUGUGUCAAGUGACUGCCAUCGGUGUCACCGUCAUCCUGCUUUACACCUCCCGGGCCUGCUACAACCUGUUCAUCCUUUCCUUUUCUCAGAACAAGAGCGUCCAUUCCUUUGAUUAUGACUGGUACAAUGUAUCAGACCAGGCAGAUCUGAAGAACCAGCUGGGAGAUGCCGGAUACGUAGUGUUUGGAGUGGUGCUUUUCCUGUGGGAGCUCUUACCCACCACCCUGGUAGUCUACUUCUUCCGAGUUAGGAAUCCUACAAAGGACCUCACCAACCCUGGAAUGGUCCCCAGCCACGGGUUCAGCCCCAGAUCUUAUUUCUUCGACAACCCUCGACGAUAUGACAGUGAUGAUGAUCUUGCUUGGAACAUUGCCCCUCAGGGACUUCAGGGAAGUUUUGCUCCAGACUACUUUGAUUGGGGACAACAAACGAACAGCUUCCUGGCACCAGUAGGAACUUUGCAUCAAGACUCCACUUUGGAUCCUGACAAACCAAGCCAUGGGUAGCACUGGUUAACAAUUUUAUGGAAGAUUCCUCAGCUAAAAAGCUUCAGAAAGACAAACUUCAUGACAACUGAACGUUUAGGGCACUUUUCCAUAAGAAACGAGACUUAAUGUUUAUUUGUUAUAAGUUUCUAAUGGCUCCAUAGGACUAAGCAAUAAUUUAGAUUGAUAAACUCUUUUUAGUACUAAAAAGUGAGCCUGUUUCAAUGGGUAUAAUUUAAACUUUUUAAAGAAAACCUGUACUUUUAUAAAGAUGUAUUUUAUAUAACUUAAAAUAAUAGUGCUAAAGUAUACUAGAGUUUUUCCUUGAGAAUGUUAUUACAAUAUAUGUUGUAGUUUGCACAGACUUUUAUGCAUAAUUCACUUUAAAAGUAUAGAUGAUAUUGUCUAACAGUUUUUAAGGCUUUUGGACUAAAGUAUUCCUCCAAUUCUUACCUCUCAAGGUCACUUAGAUUUAGAGCUCCACAUCGGUCGACUCCUAAAUACAGCUGAAAUCCAGAAAGCUAAUUGCAGCUCCAAUGUUGAAAGUUAAAAUGAAAUGGAGUAAUAACAGACUAUAAGAUAACUAGCUCUGUAGAGUUUCUGUAAGGUCUGGUAGCUGGUCCUUCAAAGAAUCUCUCUUUUAAUUUAAAAAAAAAAUUUUUUUUUAAACUUGAGAAGUAGAGAGGAAGGGAUAGCGAGGGUACUCUAACCUACUGGUUCAUUCUCCAAAUGCAGUGGCUCAGAGGCUAAAGCUGGGAGCCAAGAACUCAAUCCAGGUCUCCUGUGUGUGUGGCAAGAAUCUAAUCACUUGAGCCAUUACCACUGCCUCCCAGGGUUCAUAUUAGCAACUGGAUUUCUGGAGCUGGAGCCAGGCAGUCUGAUGUGUGAUGUCCUAACCAGCAUCUUAACAGCUAGGCCAAAUGCCUACCCCAAAGCAUCUCUUAAAUUCUGCCAAAAGUCUGGUACUUUGUUUGAAUCAGGCACUAAUGUAUACACUGCAAUAACAAGCUGAUAAUGUUAAGAAUGUACCUGACAUACUAUUAAACCUCUCCUGCUAUAUUCAUAGAUUUUGCACAGUUUUUUCAGCCCAAUAAAAAUCUAAUAUUCAUUACCUCAGGAUUACAGCAUUAUACCUUUCCCAACUCACUGAAUGUUCAUUACAUUCAAAGAAAAAAAUGUAGUUCCAAACAGGGCACUAACAGUAAAUGCCUCUAGUCUGUGAGCCAAAAAAAAAAAACGCUAUGUGGAAUCUUAAUAGUGUUUUCUGUAAUCUCCAACCAUAUUUAUAAUAAUGAUUUUUAAAUGGCUAUAUAAACAGCUUUUGGAAGCUGCCUGUUUAAAAUGUCAGUAACUUUGCAGUAUUCUUUAGCAUAAUGCCUAUGUCUUAUCCAUGUAGAGGUGCAUGUUCCAGACAAUUGCUUUGAUGUCAUCUUUCAUUCAAGUGAAAGACAUGUCAUGAAAUACUACUGCCCAGAACAAAAGUGCUGUUCUGAAAUCUCCACUGUGUAAGUUUGAAGCCAUAAAACCCUGCCUGCCAGAAGGUUAGAUGUUCUGAUUUUCCACAACAGAUAAAGAUCUAGAGGAAGUACUAUUACCAAAGAGAAGGUGCCAUACUGCCUUGCUUUAGGAAAUCUCAUUUUGGGACACAGGAAAGGAACUUGAAUUAACAAGUCUGACGUACAUCAUGUACCUUAUUUCAAAUGUCUUGCUUUCCAUUUUGGUCUUCAGGAAUAAUUGAUCUCUGGGCAAUGAUUUCACGGAGACCAGACAACAUCAUUUUGAUGAUGUUUAAAACUGGGAUCUCAAGUUUCAAGAGUCAUGGUUGGGCUCUUCAAUUGUAUAGAAGAUCUAUACUCUGCAUAACCCCAGGUAACAACAUUCUUGCCUUUAAGUACAUGGAAAUGUGUGGGUCACAUACCAUUUAAGUUACUUGAAGAAUUCUACACUGAAGCAAAACCUGCGCUGAUUUUUCAGGUUGCCUUAAAAUAAGUGAUUAUAAGUAAAACCCUAUUGUGAUUAUAUCAUCUCUAUCACUAAUACUUGGGAGAAUUUAAAGGCAGUCUCAACACAUGCUUUAAACUCUUUUAAAUGAUCUCUUCAAAAAGUUUUGCAGUCUUUCAAUUAGGUCAGCUAAGGGCAGAUAAUUUUAAAAAGAGUGAUUAGACUAUAAGUAAUAUAAUUACACACAUCCUAUAGACAUGGUUUAUAAUUCUGUUACUGGCAGGAAAAUUGAAAUGCUCAGCAUUAACUGAUAAAAGCUACAAUCCACUUUGAUUAAAAAACCAACAUAGUAUUUAUUUGAACUAUUGAUUUAUUGUAAAAAUAAAUAUGUUCUAAGUGCCUGUUCUCCUCCCUCCCAGUUUAAAAACUAAUGCUAAAAUACCUCAGUGUUGUACACAUAUUAAAUAUAAAAAACUAGACUGUGUCAGAGUACUUUUAUUUGAUAGUAAAUGUUCAAAUAUAACAUGUGAAAUGUUGUCAGAAAAGGCUGAAAAGGAAAAUUUCCCUUCAUCGUCUCCAUUUACUUGUUCUGCUAGGUACACUAGCAAAACUUCUCCUUAUGUGGGAUAUUAAACACUAAGAGGUAAAGGAAUGCCAACUAUUGGUUCUGAAAUAACCAGACAUCCUCUUGUUUAAAAGGAAAACAAAAUUAAAAUUCCAAUCAUUUGGAAGUUAAAUAUGUAGAGGGAGGGUAGUCACUGAAAACGCUGAACUCUUAUUUAUCUAAGUCUGAUGCAGCAUUGAAAGGCUGCAGGUGAAUGUUUCUGUGUAACUAUUUCAAAGUUUGUGUGUCACUACUGGAAUAGAUAUCCACCUCUGCAGGUGACUGUCUUCAGAAUUCCAACUGAUUGGUUUAGAUGCCUUUCACUGGCUGUUUUUCCUGUGUACAAUGAACUUGUUAGAACAGAUGAUUAAAACAUCUGAGUGUGUUCGAUACAGUUGUGGACUUAGGAAGUUUUGAUUACAGUAUACGCAUCAAUCAUAGUUAUGCCAACUAUUUUUUUUUUUAAAUAUUUGAAAGAGAGGGAGAGAUCCUCCAUCCACUGGUUUACUAGCCGAAUGGCUACAACAGCCAGGGUUGGGCCAGACUGAAGCCAGGAUCAUCCUUCAUGUCUCCCACAUGGGUGCAGGGAAUCAAGCUCUUGAGCUAUCAUUUGCUGCUUUCCCAGGCAUAUUAGCAAGGAGCCAGAUUGGAAGUGGAGCAGCCAGUGUUGCAGGCAGCGGCUUAAUCUGCUAUGCCACAACACCAGACCCCUCGGCCACAUUCUCAAUGGCUGUGCUGAUUACCACACUCAGCUGCAUUCAGCUGGCACACUCAGUAGUGCCUCCUCGGAUUUCUUCUUUCACCAGAAUCUAAGACAACUGCUCUUGGUUGGACAUAGUGUUGGGCCAACACUAAAUUGCCAACACCAAACCCCCAUUAAGAGGAAAGGAGUAACAUUUUUCAAGUGUUGUGAGAAAAAGAUAUUUACCUAGUGGCUAUUACUGGAAUACUGCUUUUAUUUUUUAACAGUACAGGUAGAUUUACGUUAGAACUAAAUGAAUCUAAAUAUCUGAAACUUUAUCGAGAUUUCCAACUAAACUUUACUAUAAAAUAUAUAGUAUCCUACAUUCAAUUUAGAUUGUUGCAUGAUAUACUAUAGACUGGUAUAGGUCUGAUCAGACACUUGUAAUAUUCAUUACCAUUUUUUUAUCCUGUGUGAGAAUUUUAUUAAAACCAUUUCUAACUGUGCAUAAAUGAUACUUAAGACUUCUUAUAGGUCUAAAUGGAGAAGCUGUUGGAAAGGAUCAGGAUAAAAUAGUGGAAUUCUUCCCAUCAAAGACUGAAUCAUAAACUGGUUAACAGUGAGAAAAUAUUGACUUGAAAAGUGAGGAUAACAGAGUAAAAAUUAAUGUCUAUCUUGUGCUAGACACUGGACUGGGGACUUGUCACAGGUCUGUGAAUCCUACUCUAUAAACUCGGAAACACCCAGGUAUUAACCCUACUCUUGGCAGGGCUACACAAAGCGUCCUUGUACCAAAGAAUCAAAACACCUAAAGUCCCCUGGGGAUGUGUCCCCAACCUUGAGCUGUGUCAGAUUCUCAAUACCUCCAUCAGUUUCCUCUGGGCCAGGGUAUUGAAACUGGGUUCAUUCUGUAUGGAGUUCACAGACUAGCUGCCUAUGUCAUGUGUGGGUUCCAAGGUUCUCAAAUCCAAAACCAGUGACUUAAUAACUCCUAAUGCCAUCUACCUGGUUCCUCUAUUCCUUGAACUGUUUGGGCCUUGCCCUCUAUUUUCUCAGAUACUGAUUAAUACCUUGCCAACAUUAACUUACCUCCAAAAUCUACUCUUUUGGACCUUGGCUGCCUUACCACUCAAAAGUAUUCAAAUUUUUAUAUCCAGAUUUUUCUUCUCCUGAACCUUUUUAGCAUAGUCUUAACUGGAGAUCAUACAUUUACUCUCCCUUCAGCUACAUGUCUCUUUAUCCUGUAUGAUCCUCAAAUUCUGUGCUGCCCCUUCCAAACACAUACCUUUUUAAAAACUGAUUCCUGUUGCUAUGUCCUUUUCCCAUGAAUGCCACUAAUCUACAACAGUCCUUCCAGUCUCCUUGCAGUCCCAAGUCAUGGUGGUCCUUGAAUGCAUUAAGUGACAUCUAAAAAGCAUGUUUUUGCAUGAAGAAUGCUUUACCAGGGCCAUUAAGUUUGUGUAACUAUCUUUAGUGUGCUACCCCCUUGGUGAAUUCAUUAGCCCAGAGUCUGGGCUUCAGGUGUGCAGAUUCAAGACCUGUCAAGGUAGUAGCCCACCCACCCAUUUGGAAAUACAUUGUAUGAAGGAAGUCACAGGGUGAGUAAAAUACCACAGCUUUUCUUUUUAAGUGCUGACUCCUCCCUGACCAACAGAUGUUAGGGGAGAACUUUGCCCAUGACAGCCUAAAGGCCCUGUCAAGAAGACAGUAAAUCUUGAAGGCACCUUCUCCACCGUGAGUCAGGAUUAUUUUCUGGCCAUUUCUUUUGUAUUGAAUGUUUUUUGAGUGCAUUCUUAUCAUUAACUAGAUAUAAUCUAGUUAGGUUAUAAAGUAUGUAGGUUAUAUGAUGGCAGGGAUAUUUGCUUUGUUCACUGAUAUUUUCCCAGCUUCUAGAACAUUGACUGCAUAGUCAAAUUCUGUUCUUCGGCAGAUUUUUAAAAGGGGAUUUCUUGCACUUGAACUUUUACCUACACACUGAUUUUUCAAGGUCUUUAUUCAUCUAAGCACCCCUCCUUAAGAAUUUUUGACAGACAUCUAAAUUUUGGAAAAACAAUUUGUAAUGGAAUAAGAAUGAAAGUAAAGAUUUUAUAUGAAAAUAGUCCUCAAAUUACUCCUGAAGACUAUCUUAAAAUAGAAGCACCAGGAUGAAAUCUGGCCAUUCAGGCAGUGUCCUGCCUCUAUUUGCCUUUACCUAUUUGGCAGAUAAAAUACUGAAAUAAUUAACCCAAGUAGUAAUAUAUCUUUCUCAGGUAAAGAAUCAAAUUAAAAGAAUAGUGACAUUAAGUAGGUAAAAGCACAAACCUUGAGAGAAUGCUGAGUUGGACAGUUUUAUUGUGCUCUAGUGUUGAAGGACUUUUGUUUUUUAAGCUCAUAUAGAAAAAUAGAUCACUUAGGAAAACUGGAAAAUAAAAGGGUGGUGGGGGAGAACCAAUGCACCAAGUAUUAAAAAAUAAAGCUCAAGUAUUUCAACAUUGAGAUACCACUGAACAAUAAACAAUAUAGACCAAUGAAAUGGAAAACAGAAUCCAGAUACAGAGCUAAAUACAUGUGAGACUUUAGAUAUAAAUCUAGUCUCUCAGACUAGUGAGGAAAAGGUGAACUGUUUAACAAACUGGAAUAAUGACAUACUCAUUAGAAAAAAAUCAGGUUGGGCGGCUCACUUGGCUAAUCCUCCACCUGCGGCACCGGUACCCCAGGUUCUAGUCCUGGUUGCCCCUCUUCCAGUCCAGCUCUCUGCUUUGGCCUGGGAGGGCAGUGGAGGAUGGCCCAAGUGCUUGGGCCCUGCACCCGCAUGGGAGACCAGGAGGAAGCACCUGGUUCCUGGCUUUGUAUUGGCGCAGCGCGCCAGCCGUAGCAGCCAUUUUGGGAAUGAACCAACGGAAGAAAGACCUUUCUCUCUGUCUCUCUCACUGUCUAACUCUUCCUGUCAAAAAAACAAUCAGGUUGGAUUCAUAACAUAUCUUAAUCCAGGAUACAUGGCAAAGAAUCAAAAUUUAGAUGUAAACAAAUUUACAGAAGAAAAUAUUGGAGAAUUACUGUAUUGCUCUUGGGUGAGGAAGGUAUUCUUACUAGUACUCAAAAUCCAGGAACCACAAAAAAUUGAUAACUUGAAUUAGAUGAAAAUUGUAAAAAAAAAAAAAAAUUUGCAUGCCAGAAUCAUCCUAAGAAAGGUAAUGGAUGACAGAAUGGAAAAAAAAAAAAAAACUACUGUAAUUCAUUAAAAUCAAAGCUUUGAUAU